AUGCCGCCUGGUAGUCAUCGGGCUUGGUUGGGGGGCGCUUCGGCUGCACCGGCGCACUUGCGACCCGCUGCUUGGGUCCUCCGGUGGAGUGGCAUCAUUUCCGUCGCUGCGCAGAGCGCGCUUGCGGCUACCUUCCUCGAGCUCCCUGUCCCGUCUGAGCCCUGUGCUGCUGGCACGCCCCCAGCCUUGCACGAGCUCCUGGCUGUCCCUCCCCCGGGCCCUCGAAGGGGACCCGUGGACUCGACCGACCCGACCCUGACGGUCGUGGGCUUACAAGGCGUCGACCGGAGCGACGCAAGUCCCUUCAGGACAACUUUGCUAGCUCGGCCACGUGAACGGAAAUUGCCCUGGAGCCCCGGAAAGUCGACUAUCAUUGGCCUUACCUCUCAGUGGGGGAAGGAGGAGAUGCUGAUAAGACGCCGAGGAACACGUACCGCUGACAACUGCUUCCAGCCCAGCACCGUGGCGUCAAGCCCCAGCCAGUCAAGAACUAAUCACCCAUGCCGCUCCCAUUCACGGGCUGACGGCGAGGUCGGCACGGGCGGCAAGGUGGGAGGCCGACGUGCCCGUGACGCCUCUCCUCCCGCUGGACUGCGCUGCUCGCGGUCGUGGUGCAGCACGCCCUCGCAGCUCACUUCUCAAGCUGCCCCUGCGGGCAAUGGCGACGACAGCAAGCCGCUGCAAGCCGCCUUCCUGCUGACUCCCCGCCUCUCCUCAAACUUACCGGCUGGAGAAAAUGGCGCGAGAGAAAAAACUAUGCAACUGCUCGGCCACUCCGAGUGGGGGCGGGCCCCUGCCGAGCUGUAG